CCCACCAUGGUUACAGUGUGUGUCAACAUGUGUAGUUACUAGGGUGGAGGAAAUAAAAGACCACCAAGCUCCACCCCAAAGCCAGUCAGCGCCGGGCGACAUCAAGCAAGAGAAAGACAAGGACAAUGCAGGCGAUACUCCUAGUGACUGUCUUCUCCUGUCUUCUUGGGGCUGCAAACGGAGCUGCGGCCGCACUCGAUGCCACAUGCACUACUGCGGAUGGCUGCACUGAUCCCUACGCCGAAUGUUCAACAAGUUCAAAUAAGUGUGCCUGCAAAACUGGAUACACAGCGUAUGGCGGAAGCUGCGCUGCAAACGGAACCCUUGGUACAGCUUGCUUAACAGGUUCUACCUGUACUGGCAACAUUUUAGUGUGUGAUUCAUCUGUGUGCAAGAAAAAAGCUGGACAGACCUGCACUACUACCGCUGAGUGUGUUUCAUCGUCGACCUGCUCCACCACCUGCAACUGUAACAGCGGCUACACUGCACUCACCACUGGACUGUGUAACGGAGUUGCUCCCCAGUCUGUGUCCUUCUGGCUUCUCACCGGAAGUCUCAUCACAUUUUUGGUGACCUUCAGUCUGCCAUAAGACAACCUUUGACCUUCCAAUUUGACCUGAAAACGGAAAUGGACUUUGCUCAAUCAAUCGGCCUCUAAGACUGUACACUUUCUACAUUUUCAAUUGUUAAAACACCAACACAGGAAUUAGCAGGACAAUCGAAAACUACACACCGGGAAUGUCAAACGUUUGACAUAUGUUUUCAAAUGUAUUCUUUAGGAAAAUAAUACAAAAGAAACAUUUUAAUGCAUAUACAAUUGAAACAGAGCUUCUAAACAAUUCGAAAAUAGUUUACCAGCCUAGAUAAACAGCCCAAAGUAAAACACCCAGUAAGACAUAAUUGAUCUUGAGUACAAAAAAAGACGAAGAAUUGUGUAAAAUUGACUAUAUCAUCUGUUAAAAACCCUUACUUACCUAUAAAUAUAAAACAUUGUAAAUGUUGAAUUGUACAGUCGAAGAUUUUCUAUUUUUAGCAGAUUUUUUACUUUUCUUUUAAAAAUUGUUUGAUAGGUAACUUUAAUCCAUAGGAUUAGCGAUACAAGAUUAUUUGGUUGCAUGUGUUGAGCAAAACAACAGAUUUGCGACCAAUUACUUGGAAAAACUCUUUAAUGGAGGCUCUAAGUGAUGUGCACUUUCUUCUCAAACUUUUGUCUUUUAUUCUCUCUUACACUCUCUUCUUCUUCUUCUUUGCCUCUACCCCUCCCCUUCGUCUUUCUAUCUCUCUCUUUUUCCUGCAUCUUCACUGUAUGAACCAGAUGUUAUCAUCUGGUGAAAGUCAGGGGCCUCCAUUAAAAAGCAUUUCCGUGUUACCUGUGGUUUGAAUUCUAUUUCCGCAGAAACUCCUUAACACACUUCACUAAUUCACAUAUUCAUUUUUUUAAAUUUUGACUUUCAGUAGAUGAUACUUACAGUACUAUGUCUGUACUCUAGAUGUGUGUUUCUUUCUAUUGCUCUCAGUGAAUGCAAAAUUACAUUCCGUCCUGUUUUAUUAUUAAAUAUUUUAUUUUUCUGCAUA